CGGGCGAGCAGGCCCGGGGCAGGGGUCGUUGCGGUGACCCCGGGGCGCUGUCCGUGGUGCUGACCGGAGGACAGCGUGGACGCAGAGCUGUGCCUCACGCCAUUUGAGGACACACCUACAAGCUAGGUGGUGCACCCUGCGCCCCUGCUCGUUCUCCGGGAGAGCCUUGGUAAUGCAGACUCUUGAGCUCCACGUUGGACUCGGGGAGCCAGAAUCUGCAUUUUAACAGGACAACCGGGUGAUUUCUGUCCACUGUCACCCAACUGCCCAGAUGGGUGUUGUACAAUCUUGCAAAGAAAGGCCCUGAGGUGGCCAGAGAGGCGCUCAAGGACCCAUAUCAGGAAUAGGGAAAAACCAGGGUUUGAGGCAGGUCGGACUGAUGGAAUAUUCACUGACUGACUUCACCAAGACAAAACCAAAUGAGGGAAGGUUUCUGGGCUUGCUGCACAUUCCCAUGGGCAAAGUUUCAUAGCCUAGGGAGUGCUUUAGGGAGACAGCAAACCAAAGCCCACCCGAGGUCGGUAGGCACUGUUAAAGUGACCUCUAGUGUUGCUGGGGUGUGUGGAUCCAGAGAUAAACCGCACAUCACCGCUUUGAUCCCCGGAGGCCUGUUCGUGGGCUCAGGGAUUAUUGUGGCUGUUACCAGGAACUUCAAAGAUGUUGAGCUUCUCUGCUCAGCCCACACCUGGGGUGUAAACAGGUCCCCACAUCAAGGCUGGGGAGGAUGUCUUUUGAACCCCUGGGGUGCCGGUGGGGGGGUCUGGGAGGAGGAGAGUGGCAGCAUUCAGGGUGCAGGGAGACACCUGUGUCUUCUGGGGACAGGAUCUAGAUCGGGAAGCCACCACAGACUUUAGACAGGCCUUGCGCUCACCCACCAGAUGCACCCUUUAUGCCCUGCCAGCUCCCCAGAGACUCCUCCGUGGUGCUGUGCAGAGGAAGUCUGCAGGGAAACCGCAGGGCCUCACCUGCUGGGGCUGAUGGGAAAAGAAGAAAAACAGGUGUGAGGUGAGGUGGGGUGGGAAAGGAGGCUCAAACCACAAGGGAGUUUCGGUGGCCUGGGGCAGGGCACUGCGGCCCAGGAGGAGGUAGCAGGCAGAAGAUUGACAGAGGGCCCUCUCUGGACAUGGCACGUGGUUACCUGACCACAGACUACACAGAUGGUGGAUGGGCUCCAAGCCCUGCCAAACUGCAGGAGAAGGCUGCAAAGCUGCUUGGGGUGGAGCAGACCCUGUUUGUGCCAACGAACACCAUGGCCAACCUCAUCUCUGUGAUGGGUCACUGCCGGCGCCGGGGUUCCCAAGUCCUCCUUGGGCAGGAAUGCCACCUCCACGUCUAUGAGCAGGGCGGGGUGGCUCAGAUCGCCGGGGUGCAUUCCCAGCCCCUCCCGGACAUGCCCCAUGGCACCUUGGACCUGAACGAGCUGGAGAGGGCACUCACUCGGGGUUUCGGGAACUCCUACCAUCCAGUCUGUGAGCUUGUGUGCCUGGAGAACACACACAGCAGCGCUGGGGGCCGGGUGCUCCCCAUCGACUACCUCCGCCAGGUGCGUCUCCUGGCCCACACCUAUGGAGCUCUGGUCCACCUGGAUGGGGCGCGGCUGAUGAAUGCAGCCGUGGCUCUGCGUGUGCCCCCCGCCCGCCUUGUGGAGCACUGUGACUCUGUAUCCUUCUGCUUCUCUAAGGGUCUUGGUGCACCAGUCGGGGCGCUGGUCGGUGGAGCCAAAGGCUUCAUUGAGGAAGCCUGGCGCCUCCGCAAAGCCCUGGGUGGAGGCAUGCGCCAGGCUGGAGUACUGGCUGCGGCUGCCAUGGUGGGACUGGCUGAGGCAGAGGAGGUGCUGCCAAGGGAUCACGAGAAUGCCCGGAGAUUUGCUAAAGGACUCCGGGACCUGGCAUCACCCGUUUGCUCUGUGGAUCCUGACACUGUGGAGACCAACAUGGUGCUGGUGCAGGUGGCGGGGCUGCCUCCUGCAGAGCUGUGCCAGCGCCUACAGGCUGUGAGCGCUGAGGAGGUGGCUCAGACUGGCCGCGCUGUGAGCGUGCUGCUGUUUCCCUGGACAGAACACUCCGUGCGGAUCGUGUGGCACCGGGAUGUGUCUGCUCAGGACACGGAACUGGCGCUGAGGAAGUGGGAGUUUGUGCUGAGGCAGUUGAGGCCCUGAGGUUGGGAGACCAGGAACCCUGUGCCCUGGCUAGGAUUGAAGUGUGGAGCAAGGUGGUCUAAGCCAUUAGCCUAGCAAAGGCCCGCCCUUCUGGGGGAUGACGACACCACUCUGCCUCUGAAUUCCUCCACUGACACUCUUGCGAUGGCCUCAUUCAGUCACGAAUAACCAGGCAUAGGCUGGGAUAAGAUGGGGCUGAAUAUCAAGAGAAGGGAAUGAAUACAGAAAGCAGACCUGGGGCUGGCACAUGCAAUGUGACUGCCUGGUGUGCAUAAGCCCCAGGUUCAGUCCCCACACUGUAUCAACAGGUGUGUUGACUCACACCUGUAGCUAAGAAAUUAGAAGUUCAAGGUCGGGCUGGAGAGAGAUGACUCAGAGGUUAAGAGCACUGCCUGCUUUUCCAGAGUUCAAUUCCCAUCAACCACAUGGUGGCUCACAAC